AUGGCGAAAAAAAAAAAAAACGAUUGGUUCGCCAACAUCCAAAACCUGCCCAAGUCGCGGCUGCUCUACAACAUCAAGGAGCACCUCUUCUACAACACGGCCUUCGCCUUCUGCGUGAGCAUGGUCCACUACCUCACGCCCCAGCACAUCAUCGACGACCUUCACGUCUCGCCAAUUCCGCACUCGAUCAUGUCUGGCGCGCUUGGGCUCCUUCUCGUCUUCCGAACCAACGCCGCCUACAACCGCUUCUGGGAGGCGCGUCAAAUCUGGGGUGGACUCAUCAACCAGUGUCGAAAUAUCGCCCGCCUGAGCACGGUCGCCCUUGGACCGGAUAGCCCGGAGUGGCUGGAAAUGAAGGAGUACCUCAGGCUCUACCCCUUCCUGCUGAAGCAGCACCUGCAGGACGAACGGGAUGACGCGGAAAUGGAUUGGUCCCGCCUCCCGGAGGGCACUGUUGCCAGACUCCAGGAAGACCCCAACCCUCCCCUCUACUGCUGCCAGAUCAUGAUGGAAAUCCUCGCAAGAGCCUGCUCGGAGGGAGGGGCGGCCCAGAGCCCAGGCGGAAGGGUGCCCGACUACACGUCGGUGAUGUACCGCGUGCAGAUCGAGGAAGGGCUAUCGUUCCUGGUCGACGCCCUAGGGAAGUGCGAGCGCAUCGUCACCACCCCGGUGCCCAGGGGAUACAGCCGACACACGUCGCGCUUCUUGACGGUGUACGGCUUCACCCUCCCCGUUGUCCUCGUGCCGCACACCGAGCUGUUCACGGCCCCCGUCGUAGCCGCGGUGUGCUGGGGGCUCUUCUCCAUCGAGGAGAUCGCUUACUUCAUCGAGCAACCCUUCGACCCGCUUGCUGCACCAGCCUGA